AUGGCCGCUCCGCCAGCCCUUCACCCGCCGCCCAUCCCGAAAGGUCGCUUUCUCGCCGCGGUUCCUCUGGCAACCUAUCGGAGAGCCGGGCUCGCCGCCACGCGGCCUCCCCUGCGCAUGACCGAAAGGGAUAUUAGCCAAUGGCAGGCUGCUCGAGCGCGGCCGCUGUCGGGACCAGAGAGACAGGCCGCUCUCCUGGCACUUUUGGGGGGCAGCACCGUGCAGCUCCACCUCCAGGUCCAGCUUGACCCGGGGGUGGAGAGAGGAGAGUGGGCAGCAAAUAGGCCGCCCUCUCAUGGGCUGCGUGGCGCCACGCGAGGAUGCUGCCAAGGCAACUUUCUCCGGGUCAGGCGUGACCAGAGGGCGCAGGGGGCUCCAUCCGCGCCCCGCCCCGGGCAGCAGGGGCAGAAGGGAUUCCAGGGCCGCCCUCAACGCCUGCCUGCCUUCCUGUUAGAAGAACUAGAUGGUACUCCAAAGUCCUGCGCACCAAUUUCUCCCAGGCGGGGCGUAACGCACAACGCCCAGAAAAGGGAGCCGGGGCGAAGCUGCCCCCAGCCAGCGCGGCGGCGCCGGAUCCUAAGCCUGGCCUCGGGAGGCGCGCGGAGGAGGCCGGGGACAGCCAUGCGGCGAAGCAGCAGCAGCAGCAGCAGCAGCCCGGCGCGCUCGGCCCCUGCCCGGCCCGCGCGUGGGCAGAGCGGAGGGGCGCGCGCGCGAGGAGGCGGCGUUUUCCUUCGCCGCUGCCGCUUUUCUGGUCCGAGGCAAGAGCCGCCUGCCGCCCCCGACGCCUCCCACGCGCGGCACCACCAGCAGCAGCAGCAGCAGCUCCGAGCCGCCGCGGCUCCAUUGUAAAUCCGGCGGCGUGGGAGGCGAUUCCGCGCCAGAGGCUCCGCGCCGAGGCGGAGGAGGAGGAGGAGGAAGGAGAAGGGGGAAGGGGCCGAGGCGCGGCCAGGGACGG